GAGAAUUCAUCAUUUUACAAGUUGAUCGGUGAAUCGAAGAACUAACAAUAAAAGUAGAUUGAUCACCAAAGACUCUCGUCUUCAUCCUCUUUUGAUCGACUCAACUUCGCAAGAUUGAUAGAGGGUGGAGAUUCGAAGGUGUACAAUUGGGAAUCGUUCGAACAGGACUCGAAUAACAGUAUAGCCGUAAUCACAGUCUGCUGAGGCACGAAAAGGAUGCGGAGCCGUUAAAGAGGAAGCGGCAAUCACAUUCUAACCGGCCACAAACCGAAUGUGUGUUGCACCUUGGCGAUAGAGAAACCUGUGUGAUUUUCUUUCUUCCAUUUGCUCCACGAAACUGUUGUGUGUUACAUAAAGACGGAUUUUACUGGUCAGUUAAUGAACCCGGUUCUGGGAGCCCACGAGCAACGUCUGUCAGCGACCUUACAGGACGACGACCCAGCAAUCAACAAAUAACAGAAACGAAUACUACAAUUAAUUAUUCCCCUGAGAAAAAUCGAAAAUAAAUCCAGUCUCCAUCAAAAGUAAAUCAUUGAGAUUUCAAGAGAUCGCAUGGAUCCUCCGAAACAAUGUUCGGAGAAGUGACGUGAGCGAUACUUUCCAAACGUAACACAUCGUAGAUAAUCCGUGACGAGGUUUCUACGGUGCAUCGACGACAAACGGAGCACGGAAUAUCCAAAAAAAAAAGAGCUAAUUAACUAAUCACGUCUUUGAUAACGAAACGCAGACACUAUCGAGAGACUUUGGCAGAAAGGAACGGUUAUGAGUCGAUCAAACAGCGAAGAUAAUUGAAAGAGAAUUGGAAUUUGUGUUGUUCUCGCGGCGAUAGACUACUGGAGAUAUCAAAAUGAAGUUCAUAGGGUCUUUGUUCGGGAUCAAAUCGCCCAAAACGAUGGGCAAACAGUAUAUGAAGGUUGGAAGAACUGCUCUUUUUGGUCCGAGGACCGAUCAACACGACAGUUUGUGCAGCGAUCAAGUCCCGAAACCUCUGUCGUUCCUCAUCUCCAAGAAUGGGAAGCUCAAACACGGCAAAGUUUCAGCAAUUUUUAUAGGAAUUCUAACGCUCAUAAUUGGCAUUAUCUUAAGUAGCAUACCUUGGGCGGACUAUAUUAUAUUAAAGCAACUACGACUAUGGAAUGGCUCUCUUUCUUUCCAAUACUGGCAGAAACCUGGAGUAGUUCGACUGACCAAGGUGUACAUAUUCAACGUGACAAACACCGAAAAUUUCCUGCAAUUCAACGAAAAACCAAAACUCCAAGAAGUUGGCCCCUUCGUUUACAGAGAGGACAUGGAAAAGGUCAAUAUCGUUUUCCACAACAACGGUACUGUAAGUUAUCAACACAAGAAAAUAUUAAACUUUGUACCAGAGUUGUCGAAGGACAAAGACAUGAAACUAAUGGUACCAAACAUUCCGUUGCUAACUGUAUCGACACAGAGCAAGAAUUUACCACGAUUUAUUACUCUAGGAUUAUCCAUGUUUUUGAGUGGAAUGCAGAUGAGUCCGUUUGUGCCUGUGACUGCUCAAGAGUUAGUUUUCGGAUACGAUGAUCCGUUGGUUAGCAUCGCUCACAGAUUCUUUCCCAAAACUAGGCGACCAAUGAGUCAAAUGGGACUUCUUCUCGGAAGAAAUGGUACAUUAAACGAAGUGUCUACUAUUUUUACGGGUCACACAGACAUGAAGGAGUUCGGAUUAAUAAAUCGAUUGAAUGGAUUGGAUCGUUUGCCCUAUUGGUCGAAUGCACCUUGCAAUUCUAUUCGUGCUUCGGAAGGAUCCUUUUUCCCACCUCGUGAGAAAACUGGCGCAGAUAUUAUUCAUCUCUGGGACAAAGACAUUUGCCGCACCUUGCCUCUACAAUAUCGCGGGCCCACCGAAAAAUCAGGAAUAAAAGCAGACUAUUACACGCCCGCUGACACGGUUUUUGGACAACCCAAUGAAACCACUCCGGAAAACGAAUGCUUCUGCGAAGAUGAGGUGUCAACGUGUUCCUCGUACGGACUCCAAAAUAUCAGUCCUUGCCAAUACAGCGCGCCAGUUUACCUCUCCUUCCCACAUUUCUACAAAGCAGAUCCCAAAUUACUGGACGCGGUCGAGGGAUUAAAACCGGACAAAGAACUGCAUGGAACGUACUUCAAAAUUCAAUCGAAACUUGGCGUGCCUCUGGAGGGAAAAGUCCGACUGCAAUUGAACUUAAAAAUCGAACACCAGCCUCACAUUGGCGUCGUGUCAAAUUUUCCGGACGCUGUUUUUCCAAUUAUGUGGCUCGAAGAGGGAAUCGAGGAACUGACACCCUCCAUCAGAAGAUGGAUCUAUCUAGCGACAACGUUCAGCGAUAUCGCAGUGCCCUGUACCUCGUACGGUUUCAUUCUAGUCGGUAUAAUAAUCAUAAUCACUGUCUCCGCGAAGGUCUACAACAACGCGGUGUUCACACACGAGGCGAUCGAAUUAGGCAAACGAACAAUCAGAAGAGGCUCGACGUUGUUAGUGAAUGGACAGCACAAAUUGUUAACGACACGGGACCCGUACGUUUUGCUGAGCAACAGCGACACCGAGAAAACGGAGAGGAUAGGGGUAUAGAGCCCCCGUUAGUAACAAUUUUUUCGGGAUAAUCUCCAAAAAAUACGUUUUAAGUAUGUACAUACAAUGCGUUCUGCGGCGUUGAAACAUAAGUGUUCAAUCGUUUAACACUUGUACACCAAAGUUUUCCUUCCAAUUACCUGAAGAGAACAAGAGGACGACGAGUAUCAGUUGCAACAGCACGCUAUUUGGCAAACCGAUCUUUUUCUCUGCGAACUGCGUUCGAUGUUACGUAAUUUUUGUCUGUAUCUGUGAUUUCACCUUCUUUUUUUUUUUGUAAUUUAUAUCGCCAGUAAACAAUUGCGGUACAAAAUCUAUCGUGCUUGAACGAAUCCAACGUUCACUCGUAAAUGAGAUCGAUAUUUGAAAAUUCUAAUCUAGAACUACGUAAUUGGGAUCAUCGAAUAUUGUGGUUGAAAAUCACUGUUGCUAACAUUUUUUAAUAACGAGAGGUUUGCGUGAAAACGUAUGUAAGAUCAUACGUGAUAUUUAACACUCUGUGACCAGUAACGUCCAUCCGAUGGAAGAGUGGAAUAUUAAACGAAAUAAGAGUAAUUAGUUAAUACAAUUCUGUAGAAACUAUUAUAAAGAAUAUACUUUCUUUACUGGAACUGUCUUAUUUAUUGGGCUCCUACGAAUCAUGAAUUUAUUUUUAAGAAACGCUAUUGUAUGGGAAAGUAUGUUUGGCGAAAUUUUUUUAAUUUUGAAAGU